GAUUUCUUGUUCCGUAUGAUUACUUCCAAUGUGAGUGGUAUCCGCUGCUGCCGACACUGCCGCCGUCGCCUCUACUACAAGGCAUACUUGGACAUCUUGGCACCUGCGUACUACUUACAAUUCAUCGGUCUCCGGCACUAUGGUGACACACUGAACGUCACCUCGUCUCGACGACCAUUUCGCUACGUAACUGGGCAGGUAGGAAGGGAGGAGGAGGUACAUGUGCUGUAUGUAUCAUGUGUACAAUCGCGAUUGCGGUGGUAAUCAUCCCCCAGCGACGAUGAACAGUAAAUAAAUAAAGUUGG